UUUUUCACCUAUUAACCAUUAUGGUUCAACAACACCUAAAGGCAGCACACCUCAAAAACUCCCCAAAAAUGUAUAACGAUUUGAUUAUGAUGGAUAAAGAUUGUUUAGUCUUUUGGGGAGAUAAUACAUAUUAAAUGCGUGCCAUACAGGGUUAUUUUAUCUUCUGUAAAUUUAUUGUAUGUUUCCCCGUUGCUACAUUUGUCUCAUUUAUUAGUUUUUCCUAAAGGAAAAGCGGGAGUACCAGUGCACACCUUCAAUUUUUUUUUGCGAACCGCCAGUAAACUCUAGAAAGAAGAAGAAGCAAGAGAAGUGAGCAGCAGUUGCAAGCUAGCUUCGCCAUAGCUCCAACAGCAGCAGCUAGUUCAGUAGUUCUGUGUGUUGAACACUUUCAAGAUGGACGCUUUAUCUCAAUAGGUUUCUGUUUCUUUUUCUUUUUCACCGUGGACAGGGCAUGUCGGCUGUCUAUACCAGGAGCCAUGCGGAGAACAGAGGAAGUUUCGUUUUAGGCUGAUGUAUCAUUUGGAAAGCGGAGAAAAACGGGGUAUUUUAACGUGAACAUAUUUUCUUCGCGUUUGGACCGAGGGGUAUUUUGUAACUUCCUGGUUGUCGCAUUAACAUGUCAGUUGGAACUGUGGCGACAGCGAAGGGGAAAGCUUCGGUUAUUUUGGGAUUCAAGGGAUUUUAUUACUCGCUUGUGAUGUUUAAAACCGAAGAUAGCUGUUUAAAAAGACCAGCAAAGGCAGAAGGACAGAUUUCAUAAGCGAUGGAAAGUGGGAAUGGUGGUGCCUCGAGUGAAGGUUUUUUAAUACCUGUGUCAGAAUCUUCGGACGUCUUUCAGAGCAAAAUCUUGGCUCCACUUCAGAGUGCGUACUUGUACGAAGAAUCCAAGCAGUUUUUCAGAUACAAGUCUGCUGUAUUAGUCAAGAAUCCUGAUCUGGAGAACAAGUACGAGGCAUUUCGAGCCGGGAAAAGAAACGCAGGAUACUCGGAGGACGAUCUCAAGGAAACAUACUGCUUUUUGUUGUUUGAAGAUGGCAGCAAGGCUAAUGCACUUGGAGAAAUGGGUGUAAUCUCUGGAAACAGCACGUGUACCACCCUGGGAGAUCCAACAAAAGGUGUUUACAUAUCCAUGUACUCUGAUUGUUUGGAUCUAAAUCGCUGGUAUCAUGGGAAAUCUGGAUACAUUGCCAUCAUCAAGCUGACAAAGGGUAAAGUUAGGAAGGUGGCGGAGAACUACACACAGAAUUUCACAGAGCCCACUGUGGGCUUCGACUGUCAUGUGUCGGAGCAGUUGCCUUCUGUAUCUGCCAAAACCAGCUCCUUUCUCGCUUUUGAGAGAACCCAGUUUUACAUAUAUGAGCUGCUGCAGGAUGGAAGCAGUGGAACAUCUCAGUCUCCCAGCGCUGCAUGCCCAUUUGCUAUUGUGUCGUUUUCAUAUAUGGAUACAAAAGCAUCACCUGUUCCACAACAGAGAAGUGAGGUGAAAAAGCAGGUUCGUCACUACCUACCGUGGAGGGGUAAGCUUCAGCUAGAGAGCCAGUGUUACCACAUUGACCUCAGGUCCACUGCUGUUGGUCUUAUUCCUGUACAACUACCAUCUGUGAUCACAGUUAACCAAGCCAUUAGCAUGUCAGUUCUGCGAAACAUAUUGCCAAGAGCUGUUUUUGAAACAUGCUAUGAUGAGGAAGUCUUUUUGGAGGGCUUUUACUGUGAUUUGUGUGAGUUUGGUCCCUCUGGCACAAAUGAAGCCAGCUCAUUUGCUCUGCUCCUCUCAGAGAUCAAGGAGAAAGAUCUUGCUUUCUGCAUUCCUCUAAAUGAUGGAGGAUUUCUUAUCUUAAUGCACUCAUCACAUUUCCUCAGAUAUGAUGAUGUUGAGUCUGCGUCGGCAGAGGUCAUGCAAGGCCUCUUUGUGUUUCCUGACUCACGGGUUGUAAGGAAAGACAUCAAAUUUGGAGAGAAAAACUCUGCCCUGUCAUCUCAAAUUCAACUUGUUCUACCAGUACUAAGUUAUGCUGAGGGUGAAGCCGAGAAAACACCCAUGGACCCAAAGGAUGACCUUUGUGAAGUGUUGGCUCAUCACAUGCAAAGCUAUGCUACUCUAAUAAAUCCAGGAUUCUCCUCAAGUCCUUUCAGACCUUCGAGGGAAUUAAGCAUCUUUCCAGAUCAGUACGACGUGGCGGAAGCCUACAAACAUCUCUACUCGUCUCCUGAGUGGAAUAAUGGGACAUGGCAGACGUUUAAGUCAUACUUGAGCAAACCAGCCUCCUUUCAAAUUCCAAUAGCCAAGGUUUCACAAAUAUUGGCAUCAGGACAAGAGGAGCGAAGAGAGGACCUUGAUGAUGAUGUCUACAUCUGUGUGUCAUCCCCAGAGGAGGCACCAAGCAGCCCAGUUUGCAUGGAGGCAGAAGACCCAAUAUCAGAUGAGCAAUCACUUGGUAAUAUUGAGACAUCUAUGGAUAUUGGUUUACCAAGUGCAGAAUUACAAAUUGCUCCAACACCUGUGUCUCAGAGUGCUGUGGAAGACAAUGUGCAAAGUAAAAAUAUUACCAAAGAUGAUCUAAAAUGUACUCCUCCCACUGAGCAACCUAACAAACCUGAUGAUCCAAGAGCUGAAGACCCACUUACUCCUCCAACAUCAGAGGAUCUUCCUGCAGAGCUCAUUGUCAGCAUAACCUCAGCAGAGCAAAGUGUCCCUGAUGAAGUGUCAGCAGCCAAGCAUACUGACUUUCAUUUUUCUGGUCUUUCAACUAUGGUGAAAUUACCAGCAGCAGAAGUGAAAUCUGUCAUUGAGUCUGACAAAGCAAAACAAUGUUUGGAUUUCUCUGUGGUCACCAAACAUCAAACCAGAACAAAGCGAAGGAGACGACGAAGAAGAUGUUCCCUAGCGAGAAAAAAAAUUUCUAAAACCUCUGUCAAGACUCAGAGUUUAAAGAUUGCUAUAUCCUCAGUUGAGGUUGAACAUUUAAGCCUCAAGACAGAGGAGCACAAUGAAGAUGCAAUUCUACCUCAGUUGAGAAAUUCUUUAAAACCUAAGUGGAAGAAACUUCACAGGCGGAAGCGCAGAUUUGGGAAACUAUCAUCAAAAAAAAGGAAAUUAAGACCUGCUGCUGUUGAUUCAACCAAAGCUAGAAAGAAGAAAUCAGAUGCAGUACUGGAGAGUUCAGAAAGCACAAUUUUUCUGGGAGUCGAGGCUUUACCUCUAAGAAAGAAAAUGGAGCGCUGGGACCUUAAGCCUGUCAUCAGUGAAUGUGGAAGGAUUUUGUUUCCUUUUGGCUCUGGAGAUCAGGUUAAGUCUAUGCCAUGUACAAAAAUGGAUGAGUGCCUUGAAAGGUUGUCACAUGAAGUCCCUGUGACUUUUCCUGACCCAGUCAUAACAAAUAAGCAACUUGGCACAGCUUUAGAGACAGCAAUAGAUGAAACCACAGCUACAAACUCUAUUAAUGGUGAAGACCCUCAGCUUGAUCUUGGAGAUAUCAUUUUAACACCACCAGAUGAUGACGGUGGUGGAGUGCCUUUGACUUCUAACUUUUGUACUGCUUUUCGAAGAAAUUACGACACAAAUGGUUUAUCUAAAACGGAUGAGACAGGAUCUCCAGUCAGUCUUUCAGCAAAGGGGGAACUCCUGCUGAGUAAACUGAAGUCAGUUCUUUCAAGACGAAAGAGAAAAUUGGAUCUCACCAUAAAAGAACAAAAGAGGGAAAAUGCUGACCAAGAAAGCCGGUCUUGUUUUAAGAAAACGAAGGUGGACCCCGAGACACCCAAGGAUAGUAAUGCAACUCCCCAAAGUGUCAAUGUUUCAAAAAUGCCAUCAGUUGACCCUCUUUUUGCAUAUUACUUAGGCCUGACCCCUAAAGAGAAUCUAGAAAAUGUUCAAAAUACCAAGGAACUGAAUACUCUAAAGAGGAGAGGUUCAACAGAAAAAGACGAACAUACCUCCUUAGACAAACAGCCACAAAUAAUUCAAAGGCCUCUAUCAAUUUUCUCAAGGAGGAGAAGAAUUAAGACUCUGAAAAGGCAUCCCUUCAUCUCUGCUGAAAAUGUUAAAAAGAAAUGGUGGUUGCAUGUUCAAACUCCAGCUGGUUUUACAAGUGAAAAAAGAUACAAUGACUGUACUAAUGAUAAUACUGUCAGGAAGACUGUUAAGGAAAAAAUGAAAAGUACUUGCACAUCUACAGAUGCUUUGAACUUACUUGCUGACUUGGCACUCAGUAAUGACAAAGUCCAACCGCAACCAAAUCAAGCACUUGAAGGAACUCUUAAAGAAAGUAUGAAGAAAUGUGACCUUUCAAAAGGUCUUUCCAGUUCUGAUCAAGAGUCAGUUCUCCACGCUCUGCUUAGAAAUCCUUCUGCUAAAGCUCUUCAGUCUCCUGAGUCUCCGUCAGCAUGCUCCUCUGUGGCAGACAAUGAAUUGGUUGCUUUGAUAUCUAAAGAUCAUUCUUACUCACUGCCGCCAUCUUCCUCUCUGCUGUUGGAUUUGCCAGGUACAACCUUCCAGGUACCACCUUUAAGUGGUUCAACCAGACUUCUGAACCAUCACCACACAAUGUAUGACAAUGGAGAUAAAAUACUACACUCUUCUGUCAACAUGGAGGACAUAAGUGAACACAACAUAACUUCGGAAUACGUGAAAAAGCGAAAGUUCAAAUGCUUUCGCAGCUUUGUAAUAAAGGAGAAAUCUAUCCAAGUCACUAGAAAAUGGGAGGAAAACUACAACUUCAAUCUAGACAGCAGGUUUACUAGUGACCCGAAGGACAAAGUUGUCAUCCGAGCUUUGCAUGGGCCAUGGAAUUUCACGCUGCAAGACACUAUUGAAGAGGUGCGACUCAUCUUCCACAUGUGGAUAGGCUUGUUUUACAGCCGGUCAACAGCCAGGUUCUUUCAAGUUGAUCCAACUUUUAUGCCGCCACGUUUAGAGGAGAGUGGUUCUGUGGAAAUGGCCAGUGGAACUUUACCAGGCCCAACUAGGCCUGAGAUUGCUUCAGCUGUGGCUCUUUCAAGUCAAACAGAAACUCCAGACCCGGUGGUUUCAAAAACGUUGGACCUCAGAAAAAAAGUGAACACCGUCUCGGUACCAGAAUCUGGAAUUUUGGAUUUGUCGGUGAAAAGCUUUAAUGCUAAACCUGUUCCUUCGGAACAACAACUGAACAAAAAAGCGACGUCUGUGUCCAGUGAGCCCUUAAAAACCCAGAGUGCUCUAAAGCCAGCUGCAGACCUCCAGGAGAAAGAAACAUUUCAGUUGCACAAAGCUAUAGAGCAUUUCAAAGAUAUUUCCAGUGAGGUGAAAGAUGAUAAAGACAUUAAAAUUAAAACGGAGCACAAGGCAUUAUGUUAUGAUCACCUAGAAACACCAUCUUCUAAGAGUGACGGGACCUUAUGUCAACGGGAAGAGAUCAACACUGUACACAUUGAACCUGAACCUGAUGGAGCUACAUUUGGAACUGAACCUAUGUUUCAUGGAUGCAGCAAAGAAAUCAGCAUUACGAAAGUUGGCAUUGAAAGUGGAACGGCUACACUAAAGAGCUUGCCUCAGGAAGAUGCAUUGUGUUCACCUACAUCUGUUACGGACAAGGGGGUAAACUCCAACAUAGAUGACAGCAAUGUGAUGCAUACAAGUGUGUUUGAUGACUUGGAAAUAAAAGCAAAGGAAAGCUGCAAAAUGGGGAACAGCCCAUGCCAGGAUGGCAACAGAGAUCCUUGUCUAGAUAUGACAAAGACAAGUGAUGAAUCUGUGAACAAAGAAUCUGAUAUUGUCUAUAAUGGAAGUGUUGUAAAUGAGAAGCUGUUAAAUGAGAAAAGUGGAACCUCACAUGACGAGACUGACAAUCUAGAAGGAAAUAUGGAUUGUCGCGCAGGACUGACAUCGAAAGAGGUUAAAAGUGUGGAUAAUUUUUCAAAAAAAGAUGACGUUAAUGAAAAAAGUUGGGAGUCCACUUCAGCAUGUAAAGAGGAAAAUGUUGACAAAACUUUGCUAGAGCCACGCGAGUCCCCAUCCAAAUGUGAAGUGAGAUAUGUGUGUGAGGUGGAUGAACAAUUUACAGAAAAAGGUGAUCCAAAAACAGAUGAAACAAGUAGCUGUUUAAGCAGAAAUGAGAAUUUUGUUCCAUACACAUGCAUUGCAAAAGAGGUGGCUAGAGUAAAUGUUGGACCACAACAAGACAAGGUAGAGAAAGUUGUUCAAGGCCAGGAACCAAUACCCUUCAUGAAUAAGGUUACAGAGCUUGUAGCUGUCCUCCCUGACAAAAUGUGUGGCACAUCAACAAUUAGCACUGAGAAAGGAGAGUUGUCCCCCUGCAAAAUGUCAUUAAUUGAUGAAAUGCAAACACCAGAAGUGUUGGAGAAAGAGCUUGUCAGCAGGUCCCCAAUUCUUGUUAUAGAUGAAAAACCUCAUGAUUUCAACUUCUGUUCAAGCACAGUCAGUAGCGUUGAUGUUCUCAGUGAUGGUGAAGACUGCCAAAAACUGACCGGAGACUCAACACCUUCUACGAAUGAGUUCCCUUUUAAACAAAAGCUCCAAACUUCUACAGGUAACACUGAUCCUAACCAUCCUUGUGGUCUUGAUUCUGAUGUCAAAAUAAGAACGCUACGUGUUUUGCGAAGUAUAAACGAAUUCCUUUCUGCAACAAACCAUGUUGACACGUCUAGUCAAACAGAAACACCUGACAAAAAAGUAUCUGUUGAAACAUCUGUUUUCUCCAGCAAGAAAUCUGUAGCCCCUUGCUUGGAAUCAAGCCACAUUUCAGGUGGCUCCAGGAACAAGAAAACAAACAACAAAAACAUGAAGUCAGGUUCCAUCAGUACUGUGCAAAAUCUGAACAGAAAACCAUCUGAUGUUCCAACGUCUUCUGUUAAAAUCAAAUUUAAGAAUAUUCCUGGUGUAGACCGGGAAACACCAGUAGACCCAGAUUUUUAUUCCUACAAGACUUUUGUCUCUGAAGGUUUGCAAGAGGAGCAAAAAACAUCACAGUCCAAUUCAAGUAAUGACUCUCAUUCAUAUUCUCAGCGUCCGGUCAUGGCAGUAAAACCAUCAAAAACUGAGAAAAGUCAGACACGUUGGCUCUCUGUACACUUAGAUCCUAAAACUACCCCACAACGUAAACAAGCUAGUGGACAUGUAGCCAAACACUCCUCACCAACCUCAAUGUUUUUAAGGGAGACAAAACAGUUUUUCAUAGAAAAGUCUGAUGCACUUGAUAGUAAUCACAGUAUCUGUGGGCCUUCUUCCAAAACCACUUGGUUGGCAAACACAACCCACAGUAAAACCAACAAAGAUGAGGAUAAAUUUGCCCUAUUAAAUCCUCCUCCGCAAAAGAAAAGAAACUUGCCAACACUCAACCAAAUUCCAUCUUCACGUCUAUCCUCUGUACAGUGCUCUAAAUCUGAAGAAAGUUGCCCUGAAUUAAGGGAUGGACACUCCAAGUUUAUGGAAGACACUGUAAAUGGAACAGUUGAGAAUAUAACCGAACAUAUUACUGAGAGAGGCGACUCAGACGAGUCAUUAACUUGUGAUGACAAUGAUGCUUUAAGUGAAGAUGGUCACAUUGCAGAUCCUCAAACUUCAAUCCAAUGUACAGUCUUUAAUACUGGCCAGAAGAGAUCUUAUUCAUUUUUGGAGCAGUUCUCUCAAAGGUGCCUUCAAAAUGACAUCACUCGGGCAUCAAUGGAACAAGAGUGUCUCAUCUUUUUGGAGAAGAUGAAAAAUCUUAUGAAAAAGAGUCAAAGGGAGCCCCUCUACCAGCUUAAUACCUAUGACCGUUCAAUGUCUUGCACCAGUCCUCUGACUGUCAGCUUUUCCAGUAUUGAGGAGGAAGAUGAUUCAGUGGAGAUUUUGGACACCCCUCUUCUUAGACAUAAAAUAAAGGUAGAUAUGUCUAACAGUAAGGACCAGACAGCCUCCAAAGAGGAAGGAAAGGUGCUCCAUUCUGUAUCUCAGGAAAGAAACAACCCAAUGGAACAUGCUGGGAUUUCUACUAUGACUGCAGAAUGUGCUAGACUGUAUAAUGCAAAGAUGCAUGAUGUUUGUUCUGCCAAAAAGGUUCCACCGAGACUUAAAACCAAAAAAGGUCAUGAAGGUGACUCAAGAACUGAAACAAGUAAACAUUUUGACUUUUGUGGUCAAAUGAAGAAAGAACUGGAUGAGACCUUCCGGAGUAAUCUGAAUGCAGUUGUGAAGAAAUCCUGUAAAACAAAGUACAGAUUCUACAUAUUGGUGACAUCUGACGAGGUCUCCUUCGAAGAAACAAAGGCUCAGUUGGAGGCAGAGGGACACACUGCUGUGCAGCCAUCUGAAUUCUUCCUUGGUGAGGACAGUUCUUCAUCGCUACUCAUCAUCCUCAGAAAUGAAGAUAUUGCAGAGCACAUUUGCAAGAUUCCAGAUUUACUCAAGCUGAAAAUGACCCCAGGUGUGCUGUUUGCUGGAAUUGAUGAACCAGAUGAUGUUCUCAAUCUCACCCAUCAAGAGCUCUUCACUCGGGCUGGCUUUGUAAUGUUUGACAGAGCUGUGCUGGAGCCCCUCAGCAUUUGCAACAUGAAGAAAAUCUCAAAAAAUUUGGAAGAGCUCAGCAGAAUGGGGAAGUGGAAAUGGAUGCUACACUACAGAGACAGCCGACGCCUUAAAGAAAAUGCGAGGUUGAGUGAAGAGGCAAACCAGAAGAAGCUCUUUGUGUACUGGUGUCAGGAUGCUGGCAUACUGGAGGUCUUGCCCUACCAUGAGUGUGACCAGAUGACUAGAGAUCAACCAGACUAUCUUGAAUGUUUGCUCCGACUGCAAGUGCAACAUAUAUCAUCUCGUUUUCCUGUUUUUAUAACUGAUACGACGACAGACAGUGCCUUUGAGAAGAAUGGGAUUUUCACAAUGACUUUGAACACUUUUCUGACAAAGUCUCCAACAGAAAUAUUCAGCCUGACUGAAAAACCCCGACUGAUGAGCACUCUCUGAAACAUUGAACAGUCAGAAGCUCUGCAUGGAAGAACCAGCUACCAGUAAUGAUUAUUUAAAAUGUUAAAGGUGUCCAUCUUUAGCUAAUUUAACUGUUUUAGGUUUUUUUGUAAGCAGUUUUUUUAUUUUUCAACAGGCUUUUUUUGGUCGCUUUUCUGUCCAGACCAGGUCAUGAUUCAGUUAUUGAAUAGAUUGGCGUUAUUGCCAAAAUGCUGGCAGCUGUGCUGUUACUUAAUUAAAGGUUGUAUAUUAUAAUGUUAAUCUACUAAAACGGUAUUUUGUGUUCAUGUUUCUUCUGACAUACUGACUAUAGUUUUUCAACAAAGCUAGAAAGCUAUAUGUUUGUUCCUUUUUUUUUAUUACAUAUAUUUAAAGAUCACACUUGUACACCAUUUCCUAAGUUUAUUCAGUAAAACAAUAAGCAUUACUUGUAAAUUCCUGAUCUCUAACGUUUUUAUGGUAGUAGUCGGAUUUAUCUAAACAGGUAUCUGAGAAAUAGCCUUUCCAUUUUGGUAAAGGUGAUGUACAUGAACUUUUUUUCUUCAUAUAAAUAUAAAUAUUUUUUUAAAACUUGCACAAACUCAAGAAGACUUAUUUCAAAGAUGAUUUUUAACUCGAGCUGGUCUGACACCCAGUCAUCUGUGGAAAACUUGAAUAGCAGCACACUGAAGGCUACCGGGGGGGUGGGAGGUGGGUCCUGCACUGUGUGGAAAUUGAUUUUUCAGCUGUGGACAAGUUUUAACAAGUACAAAAAAAAAAAGCUUUGGUUUCCAGACUGUCACUUUAUCUGCUUAAGAAAAUCUGAUUUUUAAUUAAGUUGCUCUAGUGGCUCGCCAGUACACUUCCUAUGUUGAUUUUAUACAACACCUGCAUAGUGCCUUGCACAUUUCAUUUCAUUGCAAGUUUCAGUGUCUAUUUGCUGAUAGACGAUCACAAAGUAGAGCAUAAUUCCAAAGAAGGAAACUGAUACAUGAUUUAAUGUCCUUUUACAAAUAAAAAUCUUUAAAGUUU